AUGGACAAUGGGCUGGCGCCAUCAAUAAUCCAACUCGCGGACUUGACACCUACAUUCCUCAUAUUAUCCUCAUCACCCAAGUUUGAUAUUACUACUCUACAAUCACUGUCAGGGCUCGCUUCCAGCUCUGGCGAUUUUACUCAUCAUUUACACUCCAUCAGUGAAUGCAAUGGCAGAACACCUCGCGGUAUUGGUGACCUAUACGAUGUUCUUGAUGCUAUCAAUUCCAUUUCCGCACUGCAUGAACCAACUGACUCUGAAGCAAACCUUGUGCUUAAUCUUGUAAGAGCCAAGCGUGAUAUUUUCCUAGCUCAGAAGGCGCUUGCAGAAUGCGUCAUACAAAAAAACAAGGCACUUACGAGCCUGCUGAAAGUUCGCGCAGCAGCCACCAAGAAGAAGGUAGAUGAGACAGAUACCGGGCUGGGAUGUAUGAGAGUUGUUUUCAAAGAUCAUGGUUGGUCCCAAGUCCCUCUUGAUCGUCCAUUACAAGGAAAAGUAUGCGAUCUAUUUUCGUUCCAAAGAUGCUAUGUAGACUAUAGUGCUACUAGGAACCUCGUUGCUUGUCAGUCCCUGUUGAACUGUUUGAUUCCUCGACCAUUCUUCAACUCGAGAUCCCUGCACUCAGGAUCCAAUGACGACGCUUUGCCCAUAGGGAAAAAACCCUACCAGGGUGACCUACUGAUUUUUCUGUUACACGAUGGAGUCUUCAAUGGUGCGAAGUCCAUCGGCAUCAAGUUUGCAGAGCACUUUGUCGAAAUUGCGAGAAACAAGUGCAAUCGCCCUGAAGUCCCCAUUCCAUUGCUGGCGCUCAUGGCAACAGCAAUCUACGCGGCCCUCUUCUGGAAGACACUUGGUUCACCAGGGAAGUUUAACUUUACUGGGAAUCAGUUCAUUUUUUUGAAGAAGGAUGCACCUGGAAAGUUUCACUGCAUGAUGGCUGACAUUUUCAAAGCUGUACAGACCUUGAAACGGAAGGGCAAUGAUCAUCUUGCCAGUGAGCAUCGAGAUGCACUGGCGCUACUCGACCUGGAUGGCAUGGCCGACGAUUAG